GGCGCCGAGAAGGCAGACUUUAGUGCCAAAAGAAAAAAGAAAGUGGCAGAGAUAAACCAGGCACUGAACAGUGAUCCCACUGACGUGGCUGCACUUAGACGCAUGGCUAUCAGUGAAGGAGGGCUCCUGACAGACGAGAUCAGACGGAAAGUGUGGCCCAAGCUCCUUAAUGUUAACACCAGUGACCCACCACCUCUAUCAGGGAAGAACCUACGGCAGACGAGCAAGGACUACCAACAAGUGCUCCUGGACGUCAGGCGGUCUCUGCGGCGCUUUCCUCCUGGCAUGCCAGAAGAACAGAGAGAAGGGCUGCAGGAAGAACUCAUCGACGUCAUCCUCUUCGUCUUAGAGCGCAACCCUCAGCUGCACUACUACCAGGGCUACCAUGACAUUGUGGUCACAUUCGUAGGCGAGAAGCUGGCGACAUCUUUGGUAGAGAAAUUGUCUACCCACCACCUCAGGGAUUUCAUGGAACCGACGAUGGACAACACCAAGCAUAUACUAAACUAUCUGAUGCCCAUCAUUGACCAGGUGAAUCCAGAACUCCAUGACUUCAUGCAGAGUGCUGAGGUGGGGACCAUCUUUGCCCUCAGCUGGCUCAUCACCUGGUUUGGGCAUGUCCUGUCCGACCUGCGGCAUGUCGUGCGGUUAUACGACUUCUUCCUGGCCUGCCACCCGCUGAUGCCCAUUUACUUCGCAGCUGUGAUCGUGUUGUAUCGCGAGCAGGAAGUCCUGGACUGUGACUGUGACAUGGCCUCGGUCCACCACCUGUUGUCCCAGAUCCCUCAGGACCUGCCCUAUGAGACACUGAUCAGUAGAGCAGGAGACCUCUUUGUCCAGUUCCCCCCGUCCGAACUUGCUCGGGAGGCAGCUGCCCAGCAGCAGGCUGAGAGAACUGCAGUCUCUACCUUUAAAGACUUUGAGCUGGUGUCAGCCCAGCAGAGGCCUGAUAUGGUGCUGCGGCAGCGCUUUCGGGGACUUCUGCGAACUGAGGAUCGAACAAAAGAUGUCCUGACCAAACCAAGGACCAACCGCUUUGUGAAACUGGCCGUAAUGGGGCUGACGGUGGCACUUGGAGCAGCCGCGCUGGCUGUGGUGAAAAGUGCCCUGGAGUGGGCCCCCAAGUUUCAGCUGCAGCUGUUCCCCUGAAAGCCAGAGAAGACACUUCCUCUUCCAUUACUUAAGGUCUCACCCUUCCAUGGAAGGAUUAGGAGGGGGUAGAAUUUCCUUUAUUAAAAGGGUUUCUGUCAA